AUGUCUGUCCGACCAUCGAUUAUCAGCUCUGUAUCCCACACAGGGGGUAGAGGUAGAAGAACAUUGCCUCCUAUGAAUAGUCACCCAAGGCUACACAAACUGAGGCGAUGUACUUCCUUGGAAUGGAUGUAUGAUUCCAAUGAAGACUCUGAUAUGUCGGUUGAUUAUUGCCGUUUGGUGAUUAGAGUUGGAGAUGAUGUCGCGAUAUUUCCGCUUGACAAACGAUCAGUACCAACAAAUGAUGGAAGUCUCCCUAUAAUGUCAUACUGGUAUGGAAAGGUCGAGGAAAUAUACUUGAAGACCGUCAAACAAAAACAGGAUGUAUGGCUUAACAUACGGUGGUAUUAUAGGCAGGUGGAUUUGGAGGAUCAAGGUGUCAACCUUGCAGCUUUCGUCGGUGAAUACGAGCUCAUACUGAGUGACCACACCUCCAUUGUCGACAUGCAUUGCAUAGAAGAUCAUGCGACAAUCAUUCAGUAUGACGAGGAAGAUUUAGCACAACCUCAAAUACCAGGGGAGACCCUAUAUUACAGGUGGACUGUUUCAAUGCAAUUCGAAACUCAUAGGAAUGUUAUACAGCUGCAAGGGGUUCAUAUCGAGAACUCACAAGUGUCCACGCGCUGCAGUUGCGAUUCUUGUGAUCAUUCAUUCUCCUCCCCAUAUAACCUGCAGCGUUACUGCAGAACAUGUCAACAGUGGUUUAACGAUACUUGCCUGGUGGCUGUUGCUAAGAAGAUGGAAAGAACAUUGAAGAUGCGUCUACCGUCUAUCUAUGAUGCUGUUGAAUUCGAUAAAGAGUUCCUUGCAUUGUUGACGACACCGAUUCGACGAGGGGGUCAUUUUGGUGUGGUCGGAAAUGGCAUUAUUUUAUUCCAGGUGAAAUCACUCCUGGAGGAUGCUCUGACGCUUGGUAGACUUCCUGAUGGGUGGAUGGACCGUGUGCAGCUAAUGAAGCUUUCAUCAGUUGAUGAUGCCGUCCCAAGAUACUACUGCCCAGUGUGUAAACGAGUCGUAGUAUAG